CAGCUCAUAGUCCACAACACAGCCUGCUGCUCCGCUUCGAACAGGCUGUGGUCUUGAAGUUGGCUGCGAUGUCGGACGGUCUCAGGUACUGUAGGCUGUAUGUCUCGGUGUGUUUUGAGAUGUGUAGGCAGAUCACAGAGGGGAUGUGUGGAAGUGUUUGGGUUAGGUGACCGCCUUUCCCUGCUCAGCUCAAACUUGGCUCGGUAGUUAGUUAGCCAGCAGGGCUAGCUAAGCUAACGUGAGUUGUCAGAAUGAGUUCGUUCCCUGGUCGCAUGAAAGAGUACUCAACCAUCUCCAUUGACCGCUUUGACAAGGAAAAUUUACAUGCCCGAGCUUACUUUCUGUCUCACUGCCAUAAAGAUCAUAUGAAAGGAUUAAAGGGGCCUUUGCUGAAAAGGAAACUAAAGUUUUGUUUAACUGUCAAGUUGUACUGCUCGUUUGUCACAAAGGAGCUUCUGCUGAGUAACCGAAAAUACGCCUUCUGGGAGGAGCACAUAGUCGCCCUUGAACUGGACAGUCCGACUCACAUCUCACUGAUUGAUGAAGUCACAGGGGAGUCAGAGGAUGUUGUUGUUACCUUACUCCCAGCUGGACAUUGCCCUGGGUCUGUCAUGUUUCUCUUUGAGGGAGCUCAGGGCACAGUGCUGUACACUGGAGAUUUCCGACUGGCUGUUGGAGACGCAGCAAGGAUGGAGCACCUGCACUCUGGAGACAGGGUAAAAGACAUUAAGAGCGUGUAUUUGGACUCUACAUUCUAUGACCCCAGGUUCUAUCAGAUCCCUAGCAGGGAGGCUUGCUUAAUUGGUAUAAGGGAGCUGAUUCAAGACUGGAUCAGUCAGAGCCCCUACCAUGUAGUUUGGUUGAACUGCAAAGCAGCAUAUGGAUAUGAAUACCUCUUCACUAACCUGGGAGAGGAGUUCACCUUACAGGUCCACGUGAACAGCCUGGACAUGUACAGGAAAAUGCCAGACAUUCUGUCUUAUGUGACCACCAACCGAGCAACACAGAUCCAUGCCUGCAGGCACCCCAAGGAUGAGGAGCUUUUCAGAGCAAACAGGCUGCCAUGUGGCUGUAUAGCUCCAGAUGGCACACCAUUGCGCAUCAUCAGCAUCAAGCCCUCCACUAUGUGGUUUGGGGAACGAACCAGGAAGACCAAGGUCAUUGUCAGGAUGGGUGGAAGUUCCUACAGGGCAUGUUUCUCUUUUCAUUCGUCUUACUCAGAGAUCAAAGAUUUCCUCUCCUACAUCUGUCCUGUGAAUAUUUAUCCUAAUGUGGUUCCUCUGGCCAGAACAGUGGAGGAGGUCACUGAGCUAUUGGAGCCAAUGUGCAGAAAAAAUUCUGGAAGGAAUGAGGUCGUCUAUAAGCCUCUUGGGAUGCUGAAACGAGCCAGAACAGAAUAUCCAUCACAAGGCUCAGACAGUGAUGAGGAGUUGUUUGGGGAGGUUGCUGUGGCCCCUAAGAGAAAGAAGCUUGCCGUGAAUGAGGUCAUACUACAUCAUUGUCCAGAAAAAUUGGUUCCCGAGGACAACCAAGCACAAGCUCUUCCAGAGCUAGUCCCCAUAGUCCAGACAUCUAACUACAUGGAUUGCACAGAGUCCAAUGAUGAUGAUGAUGAUGAAGAGGAGGAGCUAUUAAAUUCCAAACCCAUUGUCCUCCCUGCACGUCACUCAUCUGGUGACGCCCCACCUACUCAAUCUUGCUUGCAGUCAGACAAGCCCUGUUCAGAAAUGGCCACGCCCCAUUCUCAUUCAAACCCUUCCUCUCCAAAGAAGGCUCCACCCACCUGGGCUACAUUCUUCAAAGCAGAGCCGGUUCUGACCGACGAAAGCAGUGAGCUGGACAACAGUCAGAACAGCCAGGCUCUGUCUACUUAUCACACAACCUCGCAAUCGCCCGAACUGUUUGACGAGGAUGAUGAGUCAGAGUCAGUUCACAUGACUUCUUCUCAGUCUACACAUAUAUCAGACGGAGGUACAGAAACCCCCAGCCAACUCGACACAGUGCCCGUUCAAGCAGAGCUCAACAGUGCCACACAAUCUAGCAAACAAAAUAACAUACAGACAAACCAGAAACCAGAGAAUGAUGCUCACAGGCCGGUCGAGACAGAGCCAGCUGUCCGCAAGACCCAGUCUCAAGGCACGGACUGCACAGAAGUGAUGUCGGACUCGCAGGUGUCGUCUGACUUUGACCUGCCUCAGACUCCAGGCUCCAAAGCCCCUCAUCCUGACGAGCUGAAGGAGCUGUACAAGAAGUUGGCAGCUGGAGAGGAAGUUAUCACACGCAGAGGUCAACAGGGCUCUGUCUGAGAGAGCUUAGGCCCAAAACUCUGAACUUCAUAAAAGCAAUUAGCAUAAUCAUUCCAAGAAAUAGGCAACCAUGUAUAGAAAUGUGUGUUCAGAAACAGAUGUCAAUGAGGAUUUAUCAGCUUGCCAUUCCAAAACAAAAUUGUAGUCAUGUUUAAAGGGUCCAUUUCCUGCAAAUGUGGUUUUAGGUACCAAAAACAAGCAUAAUUCAUUUUUACAUGACCAUAUUCCCACCUCUCUUUAAUCACUUAGAAUUAAAGAGGUUGUUUUUCACUGUUCCUCUAAGACUGACUGUUGUCAGAACAAAAACCUUGUAUCUCCAUUUUUGUCGUUUUUCAGUUUUUGACACAAUUUAAAAUGCCUGUUGUCCUUUACAUUGUGUGUUAAUUUCAUGAUGAAUGGCCCAAAACGACUAGGAAAAAAGUCUGGUUCCAUUGACUUACAUUAAAAGUAGUUUUUUUUUCCCUUCUCCUGUAAAGUUAUCAUUUUGGAGAUACAAGGAUUUGUUACGACAACAGCGAUUAUGUAAAUAAGUUCUGCUUUUUUUUAAAAAAAAAAAAACCUGAAGUGAAACACUCCUUAUAACUUCAAUGUGAAUAGGUGGGGCUAAACUGCUGUAGGUUGAAUAGGUGGAGAAAUGUCAAUGCAUUGGUUUUUGUGACAUCACAGAAACAGUUUUAAAUGUCAACUGAGGAACUUUUUUUUAUGAUAUGGGCUCCUUAAAGUUGCCACUCCAAGACAGUUGUUUAGUCCUAGUAAAAUAGACUAAAGUGAUGAGAUGCAUUCUUAUGCAUUCAAAAGCAUAUUCAAUGUUCAUAUAUUUGCCUGUGUAAUUAAUGCAGUAUAUUUGGAUUAACUGACAGUAUUAGUUUUGCCAGUUCCAAACAUAAUAGUGCCUUAAAAGACGUUCCUUGCACUUCAGAAAUGUUAUUGGAACCAAUGAGUCACUGUUAAAGUGUUCUAAUUACUGUCCAGUUCUUUUCGCACUUUCAUUCCGAUCUGUUUAACCUUCCAGUCAUUUAUGCUCUUAUUUUUAGAUGCUGCUGAUGUUAAGUUGUUGGCAAAAACUCAAAACAGUGCAGAGUUACAGCAACAAAUUAGUUUAAAGGGGAAUACCACAGAGUUUUAAAAAUUUCUACACAAUUUAGUGGUUGAAAUGUAAACAGUCAUUCACAGUGGUUUAAUGUAAAAUGGUGCAUUGUAGAGAAACUGGUUUUCUUUACAGUGGUGGUGAUGGGAACCAUGGAUUAAUGUCUACAGCGUAAAUAUAGCCAUUUUAUUCACUAUCCAAACCCACCAGUAAACUUGCGCAGCAUUUGAUUAUUUAAAUGUGAUGUUGCUGAUGGUAAGAAAGUGGUAAAAAAGAAGUCUAUGGGUACUAUUUUGCCUUAUAAUGCUGCAUGUACCUCUCAACCAAGCCUAUUUUUUUAAAAAAGGCCAAAACAUUCUGUCAAAAUGAUCAUAAAACAGUGUUUCAGGCAUCAGGCAACAUCUUUGUAACCAUUUCAUGUAACAGAUACCUGUGAGGUAGCUUUUACAGAUGUUCGAUUAUGUUUAUAUGCUUUAGACAUCUGGUUCCUAUCACCACCACUGUAAACAAUUCUGUUUCUUUAGUAUGACACAUUUCACAUCAAACCACUCUCAAUGACUCUUUUUACUUUGUAAUGAUUUAAUUAUGUGAAAACGUUAAUACUCCGUUUUAACUAUUCAGUGUCGUUCAGGGGUGAGACUUCACGUUUGGGACUUCAACCAAUGCAUCUAAUUAUUUUUCCCCCCUGCUCUGCUGUUUCUAAUUCAGCAUGAGGCAAUUGCCUUUCUUGAGCUGAUCAAGAAAAUCACAGCCCACUGUGUCCUCAAGAUUACUGGAUUAAAAAACAUGCUAAAGUUUCUGUGAUGAAUUCUGUAAACCUUAACCUUUAGAUAAUGUUCAUGUGUGGCACUGUUUCAGUUUACCCUACAACCACCUUACCUCACAUGUUUAUUUUAUAUAAAGUACAUCCUAAUUGUUUCGUUAAUUUAAAAAAAAAUCCUACUUUGCUGCAAACAAAUAUUCGCUGAUCUUUUUAUACAGCUUUAUGUUCAAAUAAACUCAGGUUAUAUUAUAUACUGUAGUGAUGUUUGUAUCAGAUAUUACAGUGUUACCUUGUGAGAAGCACCUUCAUACCUUCCUAACCUAUAAUGCGGCUGGAUCUGCUUGAGAAUGAUGGUAUCAGUAAACCACACGUGCAUUACCUUCCCUUUGAUGAAGGAACAUCUGUUACUUUAGAGUAGCUAUCUCAGCACAGAACUAGUGCACUAGCGUAUGUAUGUAUGCAAUGCAUGCAGCGGGAAAAUGGCAUGCCUCAACUGCCUUUGUGAUCACAUAGACAGUCUACUUAAUAGACUUAAUACAUCUUUAACUGGCCCUUAAUUUAAUUUGUCUUGUUAAAGCACCAGUAUUCCAGAUUCCACUCACUAAUC